AUAGGGUCGACAGGACAGCGACAGACGGGCAGGGUCGAACGCACACAGCCCCAGGCCCAGCAUCAAAAUCCUUUCACCCACUCACCGUCAGCUCUCUUUCGCUCCCUUCUUCCUCCUAGGGAUUGGCGGCCCUUAGCCUUCCCCUACAAUGGCGAUAGCAAAGGCGACGAAGACGAAGGCCUACUUCAAGAGAUACCAAGUCAAGUACCGCAGAAGGAGAGCGGGGAAGACUGACUACCGUGCGCGUCUGCGCCUGGUGACCCAGGACAAGAACAAGUACAACACCCCCAAGUACCGCUUCGUUGUCCGCUUCACGCGCAAGGACAUCAUCACGCAGGUCACCUAUGCCACCAUGGCGGGCGACAUCGUCGUGUGCGCUGCCUACGCGCACGAGCUGCCCCGCUAUGGCCUCAAGGCCGGCCUCUCCAACUACGCUGCUGCGUACUGCACGGGGCUGCUGUGCGCGCGUAGGAUGCUGCAGAAGUUCGGCAUGGACAAGGAGUACGAGGGCAACUCCGAGGUGACGGGAGAGGACUACAACGUGGAGCAGGGUGAGGGCCGUGCCCCCUUCAAGGCGCUGCUGGACGUGGGUCUCGUGCGCACCACCACGGGCAACCGCGUCUUCGGCGCCCUCAAGGGUGCGUGCGACGGCGGCAUGGAGAUUCCCCACAGCGACAAGCGCUUCCCCGGGUACAUGAACGACGGCAAGGGCGGGUCCGCCAGCCUCGACGCUGAGGUGCACCGCAAGUACAUCUUCGGCGGACACGUCGGCGAGUACAUGGAGAUGCUGGAGGAGGAGGAGCCGGAGAAGUACCAGUCGCACUUCGCCAAGUUCCUGGCGGAGGGCGUGGACGCCAGUGGGCUGGAGGACAUGUACAAGGCCGUGCACGCCGCCAUCCGUGCCGACCCCUCGCCCAAGCUCACCGAGAAGAAGCCGCCCGCUGAGAAGCGCAGCUGGAAGAUGAAGAAGCUGACCUACGAGGAGAGGAAGGCCAACCUGGUGAAGCGCCUUGAGGCCUUCAACAAGGGUGACGAGGAGUAGAUGGCGGUGCUGCUGGUGGUGGUGGUGGUGUAGCACCCCGAAGGAUGAUAAUGAGUCGAGGAUGAGGAUGAUAUCGGCUGUGUAACACGCUGUGUGCAUGAUAGCAUCCUCUUUUUGAGGACCCUGUUCCCUGACGUCAUCAGUGUUGUGCUGCAUCAGUUUCAUGAGUCGACCAUAGCAUUAAAGAACCGACCAUUUAAGUUGUACAUUGCAAAACGACUUACGAAUCUGCUCAAAUUCUCUAUCGAAACGUGAUUGCUUGUAAGGAUUAUCGUUUUGUCUAAAUGCGUUGC